AUAGCUUUAUUCUUGAAUCACCGGCUCAAAUUGCUUUAAUUGUAAAUAUUCUAAUGACUCUUAUAAGCGGGUUUGGAUUUGUUGCUGCCUGUGUGACAUUGAUUAAUUUUGCUGGACCUAUUGUUGAAGUUUAUUUUGCCAAAAUUAUUGUUGAUUAUGCUGAAAUUGUUAAAAUUCAACGAGAAAAUGCUCUAACACCUAGAAGAGUUGAGGCUUCUAAUAUAACAAGUAGUCAAGUUAUUAAUUAG